CCGACGCUGGUAGUGACGAUGUGAUCCACUACACUCCUCCUAUCUCACCUUUCCUACCCUACUCUUCUCCAACUCUCCCAUCAGGACCACAGGGAUGUCAUGCGCGGAUAAACAAGGCUGGAGCACAACUUUACUCAGCAGCGGGCUUCUUUUUUUUAUUUGGAAGUGUCUUAGGACAGUCAGCGUGACUUUAAGUCUAAGCUGAGUGUAGUGGGGGGGUAGGCCUGUUAGUUGGGUGGGCGUGUGUGUUUGUUUUGUUGUCAGACGCUUCAAAUACAACUCAGCAGCCCUGUCCUGUGUUGUAGUUCCCAUAUGUCGCGAAGGCAGGCCGACCAUGACUACAACCUCCGGAGUAUGAACAACCUGAUGGGCGAGAGGUGGAAGAAAGUGAACGACGGAGGUGAGCGCAGUCUCAUCAAGGCUCCGUCCAACGCCAGCAUCAGCAGCCAGGGCGCCUCCACUGGAGCUUCCGCCGCCGCUGGUGCCCCAUCAGCCCCCUCCUCCUCGUCCACUGGAGACCUGGAGAGAGCUGCCCGCAAGCAGUUUCAGCAGGAUGUUACACCUGGUUUCGUCUACGUCCUGGCCAUCUUCUCCGCCCUGGGGGGCUUCCUUUUCGGCUAUGACACCGGGGUGAUCUCCGGGGCGAUGCUCCUAUUGAAGCGGGAGCUGGACCUGAGCGCCCUGUGGCAGGAGGUGCUCAUAUCAAGUACUGUGGCCGCAGCCGCCCUCUCCGCCCUGCUGGGCGGCUUUCUCAACGGGGUGUUCGGGCGCAGAGUGUGCAUACUGCUCGCCAGCUUCUUCUUCGCCGUCGGGGGGAUCGUCCUUAGCAGCGCUCCCGGUAAAGAGGUGCUCCUGGCGGGUAGGCUCAUCGUUGGAUUGGGGCUCGGUAUUGCCUCUAUGACAGUUCCCGUGUACAUCGCUGAGGCCUCUCCACCCCACCUAAGGGGUCAGCUAGUCACCGUUAACACCCUCUUCAUCACGGGGGGGCAGUUCACAGCCAGCCUCAUCGACGGAGCCUUCAGCUAUCUGCGCCAUGACGGUUGGAGGUACAUGUUGGGUCUGUCUGUGCUCCCCGCUGUGCUCCAGUUCAUGGGAUUCCUCUUCCUGCCAGAGAGCCCUCGCUGGUUAAUUCAGCGUGGGCUGACCCAGAAGGCCCGCCGCGUGCUCAGUCAGAUUCGAGGCAACCAGAACAUAGACGAGGAGUACGACAGCAUCAAAAACAGCAUCGAGGAAGAAGAGAAGGACAGCGGAGGAGAUGGCCCGGUGAUCUGGCGGAUGCUGACCUACCCCCCAACACGACGAGCCCUGGUGGUGGGCUGUGGUCUUCAGAUGUUCCAGCAGCUUUCAGGAAUCAACACAGUCAUGUACUACAGUGCCACCAUCCUGCAGAUGUCAGGAGUGCGCGAUGACAGGUUGGCAAUCUGGCUGGCUGGACUCACCACCCUCACCAACUUCCUGUUUACUCUGCUGGGAGUGUGGCUGGUGGAGAGAGUGGGGCGUAGGAAGCUCACCCUAGGCAGCAUCAUAGGCACGUGUUUCAGUUUGAGUCUGUUGGCCAUCGGUUUCUUAAUGUCUGCACAGCACAGUCCCCCUGUCACCUACCACCCAUUAGACCCCGCCAUGGCCAACUCUACCUGCUCCAAGUACCAGGUGUGCGAGCCGUGCAUGCUGGAUCCUGGAUGCGGCUUCUGUUACCGUGAGAAUGGCUCGGCGCUGCUCGCCUCCUCCUGCGUGCCAGUCAAUAAGGCCUCCACCGAGCACGCAGCAUGGGGCAGAUGCUCCAACUCUACCCUGAUGAGAGAUCAGACCUACUGGGCCUACAACUACUGCCCCACCUCCUUCUCCUGGUUGGUUUUACUGGGACUGGUGUUCUACUUGGCUGCCUUUGCGCCGGGUAUGGGUCCAAUGCCAUGGACCAUCAACUCUGAGAUCUAUCCUCUUUGGGCAAGGAGCACAGGGAACGCCUGUGCAGCAGGGGUCAACUGGACCUUCAACAUCCUGGUGUCUCUUACCUUCCUCCACCUGGCUCAGUACAUCACCUACUAUGGAGCUUUCUUCCUGUACUCCAGCAUGGCCUUGCUGGGUUUCGUCUUCACAUAUGGCUGCCUGCCAGAAACCAAAUCCCGCCGUCUGGAGGAGAUCGAAGCGUUGUUCGAAAACCACCUUUGCUCUUGCGGCGCCUCUGAUUCGGAUGAGGGACGGCAGGUUGAGUACAUCCGGGUCAAAGGUUCAAACUACCAUCUAUCGGACAAUGACGCAUCAGAUGUAGACUAGAGGAAACUUGGGUUUUGCUUACCUCCCUCUGGGUGUUUCAUUAGCUGUUUCACUGGAACAUGCAGAGCGGCUGAGUCUGUAUUAGUGUUCUUUUUCCUGUGAUCUGCGGGGCCACUGGUUUACCUCCAACAUAGAUUGGGAAUUUAGAAGAUUAUGCUUCUAUCAGUAACAUGUAUCAGUUCACUUUUCAAGCAGUCAGUUGGGGAAAUCCCAAUCAACACUAAUGCUUUAGCAUGAAUGUUUCCCAUUAGUUCAUUCUCUAAAUUCAGGGGUGAACUGGCACCUUAUCUGGUUUCAGACCUGCUUAUUAUUUUCAACCACAGAAGUCUAUAACACUGGCCUUCUACGCAGAUAAUAGGCAAAGCAUAAUACAUAGAAGUCCAGUGUCUUUUUCAUAGAGACUAGUUAUGACUGUUUAACAGAUGCAAAGAUACAAAAUACAAGGGACUGGAAUUUGUCCCUAAUAUUUUGUGCAUUUGUUUUAUAAGCACCAUUUAUGAUUUAUACACGGUUUUAUCCCAGAGCUUUGUGUCAGAAUACAAUGGCAACUCCAUUCAAAAAGUUACAGUAAAUACAACCACAAAACUUUUGUUGACUGGCCAGCAGCUGUUGUCGUCUUUCGUACCAUUAUGCCUUGGUGUAUGAGACACAUUCUGCUGUCUCGUUUUUUCAGCUUGUAGCGUAGCACACUUAAUGUCAGUCCUUGAGCUGAUGUUCUUCUGUUUGCAGUUUGAAUUUUUAUGAAAAGCAAUUGCCAGAGACACACGGUAUAUCAUUACGGUUGAGUAAACUUGUAUUGUCGACGGGUGCCGAAUCAAAACCGUUCUUACAAACUUGGUAGCCCUGAAAGGACUGGAAGUCUUCGUGCUACAGUAUGGUUUGUGUAUUUAUAUAUUUAUUUAAAACAGAUCUUUUUGUGAAUCCACAUUUCGACAAAUUACAAAUUUCUUAACGUUGCUUACUUUUUCAUUUAAAAUGUGCUUCGCAAAACCUACCCUACAAACCACUGUUGCAACUCUUGCAAUGAACUUUUUCUUGUCGUUAUUUCUGGAUAUAGUGUCUGUAAUAUCCAGCAAAGAAACCGGGCUGUUCUGUCUGUAGCAGUAAAAGUAAGCUUUAGCUUGAUGACUGAGAUUUUUAAGUGUUUCGUUCUAUCUGAACAUUGAUAUAUUAGUGCCUGUGUAUUGUGAAGGUGCCUAAUGGCCAUUUUUCAGUCACAUUUCCUGUAGGUCUACAUGGCCUUUUUUUAAUUUUAACAUGUGCAUAUUUGCAUUUCACCUGUGAUGGAAUUUUAUUGACUAAAAUUUCAUGUAUUUUGCUUUGUGUCUUCCUUCACAGCCUUAUGUACAAAUAGCCGAGCAUAUCAUUUAUGUAGUUCUUGUGUCAAAAGUUGAGGAGUAGGCUUUAGCGUAAUUUGGCAAUGUUGUUUUGUAAAAGUGUAAACUGUGUAAGGUUACACCUUGUUAGUUAAAUACACGUAAUUUUCUGUGUAGCAAAACUGUUGGAAAGUAGACAACUGUGUAACAAAAAAUAAAAAAGGGUAAGUAAGGGGUAUAAAGGCUACUGCUGUGCUUAGUGAACAGGUUUCUCAUGGCAGACACCCAAAAUAAACGAUUGUAAAAAUACAGUACAAUGCAACGUUUAAAAUGAUGGAAUUUUCCAUAUGAUUUCUUCUACCUAUACUUUUUACCCCACAUUAAUAGAAAUACCCAGAAACCUCAGUAAAAAAAUGGAUAAUGUGCUAGCAGAAAAUUACCAUUUAAAUUUUUUUUCCCCAACAGUCCAUUAUCUAUAAAUCUAGUCUAUUUAUAGACUAGUACCACUUUUUAAAACAAGAAACAGACCAUCAAAUGCCGUGGGACAAUUACACCUAAGUGAUCCAUUAAAACUCGGUGGUAUUUGCAAGUAUUGUAGUAAUUUUGGUGUUUUCAAGGUGUCAUGUGGAUACCUAUGGGGAAAAAAGGUUUUAAAAAAUUGCUUAGAAACAAAUUCCUUCAAUAAAUGGAAGAACAGUGAUGGCAUACUGUAGCACACAAGCACCCUCAUGUGGAAAACCAGCUGAUUUUUUGAAAAUAAAAAAAGCUUUCAAAUAUCAUAGUUGCCUCUUUAGUUGCAAGUUCUUCGGUGUUAUAAUAGCUGAUCAUUUUUCAAAGCAAACACAAAAAGUAGUAUCAACAUGUACAGACUACAAUAAAAUCAUAUCAAGAAUUGAAGUCAGCACAAAACACGGUCAAAUAUUCAACUUGUGUUUGAAAAUGAUAAGCUAUUCUAUUGUAAACACUUGUGAUUUGUAGUUAUGGGGCUAGAAUAUUCCAGAUAUUGUCUUUUUUAACCCAGAGCGGUAAUAAAGGGAUCCUCGAAGAUAAACUGAUUGUUUAUUUCAAUAAAAACAAAACAUUGUGAAAUAUAGUUCAGAGUAAUAACUUAAACUUCCAAAACUUUGCUUUUCAACUCAUUUAGCGCAGCUUCUCUGGAGUGAAAGGUGUAGAAAACACUAGCAACUAUAAUUCAGUAUAGGAUUGUAUUUGAUCAGUUUCACUUAAUCCAGGAGAGUUUUCUUAAAACUUCACAAGCUAGUUUUGUACUGAAAGUAUUACUACACACAAAAACCACAGAUUUACCUGUCCACGGCACAGACUGAGUAACGAAAACUUGUGUCAACCAAAUAUUUAAUGUGAUUGUUUUAGGCUGCACCUGUGUCAGAGAUAAUGUGGUGUUCAGCCCUUAACCUCCGGUUAACACUGUCCUCUACCACAGCUGAGGGCAUUAAAUGGGUACUUAUCAGUAAAAUGGUUACAUUUUUUUCUAUGUGAACCAAUUAUGUGUGUUUUUGCUAAAGUUUGUGGGGUAUUACAGAAAAGCAAAUUUAAAAAAAAAGUGCUGUAUAUUUGAUUAUUGUUCAAGCUGUAAAUGUUUUGCUAGAGUUUAUAUUAUAUAAAGAUAAAUAUCUUCAUGAAAUAUUGUGUAUAUGGGGAAAGAAAUAAAUGUAUGAAUCAAA